AGUUUUUAUGACUUAACAGCAAUAGACAUUAUAAAUUCCGUGGCAGCAGAGAACUAAUUCUGGAAGCAGACUAUUGGGUGUACUCCACGCGCGAAGUCGAAAUGGAUACGCGUUCAAAAGCAAGAUAUUGCGAGAUGAUAAUAUUUUACCUACUGAAUUUGACAAUCUCUGCAAGAUGUACCUACUACAUUGUCGUAGCUUCAGAUGAAGCGAAUGGUUUGAUCUACUACGCCAACGCAAGUGACAGCGAUAGCGAAAUUCUUGAAUUUACUGCACCACCAAUACAGGUGACGACUACUGUAUCCGCGUUAGGCUACGAUUCAGUCGAAAAUAAAAUAAUAUGGUCGGACUACAGGGACAAAAGAAUUUGGAGGGAAUCAUUGGAUGGACUUAACACAGAGUUUCUGUAUAUAAAGGAAUAAAAACGAAUUCACUCGCUAUUGACAGAAAACGACGCUACAUUUAUCUGAGAGGUGUAGUUUCAAAUGAGUUUAAAGUUUUUAAAUUGGAUGGCAGUGAAAAGAACACAUUGUUUGAAAUUGGAUCAUGGGUCUACGAUAUUGCAGUUGACACUAUAAAUGGGUAUAUCUACUUUAGUACUAAUUCUGAUAACACUAUUCAACGUUUUCAUCAAGAUACUCCCUUACAACGGGAAACAUUAGUUUCCGGCAAGCGGGCUUUUGGUAUAUGUCUGGAAAUGUCAGGUUCAAGACUAUUCUGGACCGAUAGAGAUCUAGGUGAGAUACGCUCCAUCAGUCUUAAUGGGGAAAACGAGCAAUUGAUAACAAGCAGUGCCACACUCCCUGAGCUAUCUCAACCUAUUGAUAUUAUCGCUCUUGGCAAUUAUCUGUACAUACGUACGCUGUCCAGCGAUCGUCUUAUUCGAGUUUUGAAGAACGGGGGUUGUCCUGAGGCAAUCGGUUCACCACACCCCAUGUUCACUUCUACAGGAAAACUGAUAAUAGAUGAAGUUUUAACGCCAGCAGCAGGAACAGUUACUACAACGAAGAGUGGCAUGUUCCGGUUAGUAGAUCUUAAAGCACCUAGGGCUACCGAUUGUAAGCGGCAACAUUCGGAACAUGAGAUGGAAAGUUGCAUUCGGUGCGGAAUGAAAUGUAUAAGGGCGCUUCACUGCCAGGGAUUCAAGUACAAUAGACACGGACAAUGCUUGUUGCAGACGGAGUGUGGCAACUUGGCUGGUAUCGACUAUUUUAGAUAUCGGUGAUUAACUCGUUUGUGAGCGUUCACUGCAAAAAUUAGAUUGUCCCCUAAAAAUAGAACUUAACGUGCUAAUGACAUAUGACGCCAAUGUAGAGGUAUACUUCAGAAGUUACCCGUCACGAUAUCGUAAGCCACAUACAUGUUACUGGGAAGAGUGAGUAAUUUCACUGUUCCCUGAUGCUACGUAUACCGCAACCACCACCAUCACAGUGGCGGCUACAACGGGGGGAGUCAGGGUAAAUUUUCCCACCCCGUCGGACAAGCAUAGACCCUCGUCGUCGGACGCCAUGACGAGGUCGUCAAACAAAAAUAAAUAUUAUUACCGAUUUACAAAAGUCAUUGUGUUUACGAAUAUGUGGUCUAAAACACAAAUUUAGGCCAUCCUAUAACCUUAAGAAUCCCUCAUUUUAAAAAAUGUUAUGUCGGUUGGG